AUGAUUGAUAUUGUCGAGAGAGAAUAUUUUGCAUGUGAGGAUUUAACUAAAGACGACAGACAAUUCUUUAAAGAACGAUGCUGCCAAGGUCAAGUGCUAUGGAUAUUGGAUGGAUAUGAUGAAUUUGUCCAAAAUAUUCCCGAACAACUUAAAGAUGUAUUUGAGUACAUAUACCAGACACAAAAUCACAUUUUAACAUCUCGUCCUUACGCUAUUACAUUAGCCUAUGACGUCAAAAUGGAAAUCACUGGAUUCACUGAUGAUAAUAUUGAACGAUAUGCUAAGCAAUUCUUUGAUCAUAUUAAGAACAAAAUGAAAAAUGCUUUGCCGGAAGGAGAAAAACUUUUAAUAUUCUUGAAAUCGAAUCCUAGUAUUUGGGGUAUCGCGCAUAUUCCCGUAAAUUUGGAAUUGGUUUGUACACUUUGGGGUGAUACAGACUGGUCAGAAGCAAAAACAUUAACAAUGACGGAACUUUAUGAUAAUAUUACGGAAAUUCUAUGUCGACAUUACUUAGGAAAACAGAAUGUCAAUCACCGUAGGUCAUAUACCAUAAACGAAAAUCUUCUUGCAUCAUUUAAACGUACAAUUUCGUUAGCAAAUGAUCCGCUAAUACAAAACAAACUCAUUGAAUUAAUAGAUGCUGCAUGCAGGCUUGAUAGUUUUUGUCUAUCAUUUGGAGGAUAUAAAGAAAUCCGUCGUGGAGACGAUCCAUUAAUACGGAAUGAGCUCCAUAAAUUAAUAGGUACUGGAGACCACUUGAUUGGUAAGAGCAUAUGGAACUUCAUAACAGAAUUAAACAUAUCAAAACCUUUACCUGGACUAUUUUCUCGAAUGUUCGCACAAUUUAAGUACGACGAUACAUUUUGGACUUCAACGUAUACAAUUUUCAAGAAGCUUUGUGCUAUUGAUGAAACAGCAUUGACAGAUGAACUAAUGGAGAUUCUUACAAGUGCACUGUACGACAAAAAACACAUUGCAGGAUGUAAUGCAUGGGACUUACUUAAUAAUCUAGGUGAAAAAGCAGCUACACCAAAAAUGCUAGCUUGCCUAAUAAAUAUACGGCAAGAUGCAUCGAUGGACAUUCCAAGCGAAGCAUGUAGAGCUCUCGGAGCGAUGGGUGAAAAGGCAGCCAUACAAGAAGUAAUCGAAGCUAUUAUACUAUCGCUUCAGAGUGGAGAUCCAUGGGUCAGAGGGAGUGCGUGUUGGGCUCUCGGAAACAUAUGUAAAAAAGCUGUAACACCAGGAGUCAUCGCUGGUUUAGUAAAUGCGCUUGGUGACGAAAACGCCGAUGUUAGACAAAAUGCACUUGAAGCUCUUGCAAAAAUGGGUGAAAAGGCUCCGCAAAAUAAAAUAAUCUCUAGACUUAUAGAUAUCCACAAUGGUCGAAAAUUGAAUAAAAAAAGACAUGCAAGCGAAACUCUAAGCAAUAUGGAUACAAAAGUAGUUAUGGCUAAGUUUAUCGCCGAGCUUAGGGAAACACUGGGCGAUGAAGAUUCUAAUAUUGUAUGCGAGGCGUAUGAAACUCUAAUAAACAUGGGUAAAACCAUAGCAAAGAAGGAGGUUAUUGACGUUAUUACAGAUGCGUUAUGUGAUGAAAACGUUAAAAUCAGAACCCAGGCAUGUUUUAUACUGACAGAUAUUGGUGAAAAAGUGUUCAGAAAAGAAUUGAUCAUUGGCCUUAUGGACGCACUAUCUAAUCAAGACUAUAAAAUCAGAGAGAAGGCUUACAAAUGUUUUGAGCAAAUAGCUAAUGAAGUAGCAACCGAUGAAGUGAUUGAUAUUCUUGUAAAAGCACUUUAUGACAAAAACUAUGAAGCUAGAUUUAAUGCAUGUGUUGUUAUUAGCGAGUUUGGUAAAAACGCAGGAACAAAUGAAGUGCUCACUGGUCUAGUCAAGGUACUGCAAGAUGACUAUUUAAGUGUUGUUCGGGCAGCAUGUAAGGCUCUGGAAAAUAUAGGUGAAAAGGGCGCAACAGAUGAAGUCGUUAAUGGCUUGAUAAAGGAACUUCUUAAUGACUAUUGGGAUGAACGAGAAUCAGCAUGUCAUGCCUUGAUAAAGAUGGUUGAAAAAUCAGCUACAAACGAGGUAAUCAUUGGUCUUGCACAGGCACUGCGCGAUAUAAAACCCGAGGUGAGAAUAUUGGCAUGUGAAGCGCUGGGGAAGAUUGGUGAAAAAGCAGCACGACAUGAGACGAUCGCUGCUCUCAUCGAUGCGCUUCAUGAUAAAGAAUCAAAAGUGAGAGCAUUAGCUUGUAAUGUUCUAGAGAAGAUGAAUGGGAAAGCAGCAACACACGAAGCUAUAAUUGGUCUCAUGGACGCACUUCAAGAUAAAGAACAAGAUGUUAGAGUAUGUGCCUGUAAAGCCCUUGGAGGCAUGGGUGAGAAAGUAGCAACAACUGAGGUUAUCACUGCCCUUAUGACUGCAAUGGACGAUCGCUCAAGUUAUGUUCUAUCUGCUGCUGCUGCCAAAGCUCUCGCUAAUAUGGGUGAGAAAACAGCAACACGCGAGGUAACCACUUGCCUCAUAAAUGCACUAAAAGGAUCUCGCCCUGUCUUUCUCGCUGUGUUCGACAAAAUCAUGCAUUCACCAAAUGCAGUUCAAGAGUUAGAUUCGAAUACAUUAUCAACACUAUAUUCGUAUAUGAAGGAUUAUUCUGAAAUCAACUUAACGGGAAUUCCAUUCGAUCGAUUUAUCAAAGUAUUUUUAGAAACGAGAAAUAAUGCUUGGCUUCCAUUAAUUGUAUAUGCUGCGCUAUUAAAAGUUACCGCUAUAACAAUAAUCCAUGAUAAGAUGAUAAUCUACGAUGAUAAUGGAUUCAUAGAACUACACGUGUCCUCUCCUGAUUUAAUGACAGCUAUGGUAAAAGCCUUUAAAGAGCAAAAAAAUGAGACGAAUGAUGAGCCUUCAACAGAUGUACUUGAUACGCAGCAACAUACAAAAGAAUCAUCAACUAUCUGUGAAAUAAUGUAA